GCUCUCUUAGAUAAAGGAUUUUUUUCUGCAUGUCAUAUUUUAAGCUGCCAGUCUGUGCAUGGCGAUAUCAACAGUGUUUGACAGUCACAGGACAAGCUUCCAACCACAGACAUAACACUUGUCUGACCACUAUUCCUUACUCAGCACUGGCUCAACAUAGCAGGUUCCUGUCAUCCAUCCAAACCCAAACAACAACAGGAAUAAUGGCAGACAUCGACCAGAGUCCAGCCCCCUCUCUUCAGGCAGUCCCGAGGUUUUCCAGCAGACACUUCUGAGCCUCUGUGGGAACAUGGACUCGCUUCAACCCCGAGGCUGCAGAAGAGACAUCUGUUCUGACUGAACUGCAAACUUUUCAUGUCUUCACGUCCUCAUUGUGUCAUGAGGUCACUCUGACCAUGUUGUAACACAGACUGUCUGAAGACUCUCCUCUGGAGAGCAAAUUCAACAGUGUGUGAUCAGCUGUUUUCACCCUUACAGCCUAUGGUGUGUGUUUGUGCAGGGCUGGUUUUAGUUAUCUAGAGGCCCCAGGCAAAGGCCAUUAUUAGGCCCAUCCUCAUUUAGGUAUAAACAAUCACAGCAAGUGACAUAAUAUGUUGAAGCAUCUAUAUUCAGGUAGCAAAGCCAUACAAUAACAGAACAAACACAAAUGUGACCAAAUAUCCCACAGAGCAUACUCAUUGCCUCUUAGAGGAGUAUCAAAGCAAACUACUCCAUUCUUUGGCAACAUGGUUAUUUAUUCACCCAAUUUUAACUUUGAAUCAACUCACUAUAACUGCUUAAUAUAAGGAUAUUUUGGGGCUGUGUACGGGCCUUGGAUCUUGCUGUUGAGGCAGGGGUUAGGGCUUUUUCGGAUAAUCCUUUUUGGUGCUAUUUUAUUCACUAUUCCCCCCUUAUUCAUGCUUGAAAUACACGGCUUAAUCAUUGCAAGUAAUUAUAGACCUAUACCUCAAUUUUGGUGCACAACUUAAUAACUAUACUUGAAGCCCCUUGAAGCAAGAGGCCCCAGGCAAACCCUUGCCUGACUGUAAAACCACCUGUGUGUUUGUGUCAAGUCAGGUGUGUGUUUCACUUCGCCAUAAUUUUAGUGGGAAAAAGACACCAGAAUUUAGAAUAAAUGUCACUGAACAGCCAAAUCCGCACCCAUCUUUGCUGUAUAAUAUGAGCACUUGAACACCAUCUGUACACCCAGAUCCACACCUCAGAUGACUUUCUCGUGUGUCUUUGCUAUUUGCUUUUUGUUUUUACUACCGUCCUGCCCUCGUGACCCCCAGUCUACAUGGCGUCGGCGUCAACAAGCGCUCUAACGAAGUGUGAACUUUUGGGCAUGCAGUGACAGUGGCGCCUUUAGACAGGUGCAUAUAGCCCCAUCAGCGGCCACCGUGGAGCUUUUACACUCUUUGAAAUUUUAAACAGGACCCACCGAGGACUGAGACAUUCCAGUGUAACGACUGGCACCUGAUUUUUCAAACUCGCAGGGUGGGUGCAUCAGUGGAGCAAGUUUAAAACAAGAUUUAAAUGGCUACUCUUGUCAUAGAGUAAGUCUGAAGCUGCAUUUGAGGAUUGUGGUCCGAACACAUUUUUACGAAAAGAAACCUGAAGUGUAAUCCAAAUGCAUACACGUGUUCAAAUAGCUGUAAAAUGAGGAUAAAUGCAGUCAAAUAAGACCUAAAACAAAAGUUAAAAAUCACUGACAAUAUCAAAUGUGAAAAAUCAGACGUUAACCUACAAUCUUAGAACUUUAGAAAGACUGAAAAAUCGUACUUAUCUAGAUUUAAGGCUAAAAGUGUGCUUUUUACGCGUGGAACGUGUACAGCCAGGAUCAUUGCGCAGAUUCACUCAGAGAAAAACAAAAUGCAUUGUUUAAAUCCCGUUCCUCUGGGGGCAUCAUCAUGGUGGAUUUCCUCCUUGCUUGUCACCUAAAGGCACAACAUUUAUUAGGACCCUGUCUGGGUUCGAAUCAUCAAAAUAGUCCCUAACAACUCGGGUUAAUUUUACCUCAGAUCACGCUGUGAGCAAGCUGUGGAACAGUGCCUCUUUUAUUUCACGCGCUUAUUUCCCGCAGAGAUGUGGAGAGAAUGGGACUUAAAAGUGAACCAAGUGUAUUGUAUUUUGUGCUGCUAAGAGAACAGAGCGCUUGUCUUUGGUAGUUCCCUGUAGAUGUGUCAUCACCGGGGUGCGUAAAAGCUCCAGGGCGCACAGAAGAGCAUGCGUAAAAUCAGACACUUUGGCCUAUAUGGCAGGAAGGAGGGAUAAUGAAUAAUCCAACCCGGUUUAGAUGUGUCAUAUCAUAUUGCUAACAAGAUUUUUUCUUUAUUUGGAACAUGAUCUCCAUCAUAUUUUGUACUGUGUAUAGACAUUUUUGUGUGUAGUGUGCGCCAUCUUGUAUUUCUUAUUUAAUUUGUGUCGCUCACUCCUCUGCAGCAUUAUCUUAAAAAAAAAAAAAAUGGAGUUUAUAGUUAACUGAACUGCUAAAAGAGUUAGAAGCAAUGUCAAAAGUAUCAGAAAAACAUUUAUUUUGCGUGUCAUUUACCAUUUGAGUUUAUAAAUCCUUGUGCGCAUUUACAUUUUCGUGGAAUUUCUAUUCUAAUAGUGCUGUGAUUUACUCAGGUUGUAUGCUUAAAUGCUUCCCUGCGGUAACAAUAGAACAGUUAGAGCCGUGAAAUGCACAGUUACGCCUGGGCUUUAGAGCAGCUUUUGGCACAUUGGGCACCUGUGGUGAAUGGGGCUGCCUGGUGGCGCCCUGGCGCACGGGGUGUGUCUCUGGGCGGGGAAGUGCCCACCCACCCUGCUGCUUCUCCUUGCUAGUUGCUAUAUGAGGAGGCAACUUAGCGGGCAGUCAGCAGGAUACACACACACAACCUCGGUGGUGGAGCUACUUUUCGCAAACAGUGACAGUAGCGGCUCGAAGAAAGUUCUCCAGAAUCAGCGCGAACUCCACCGUUGGAUCUUUUUUGUAACACAACAUAAAAGUCAAACUUCAACAUGCCGCGGUCAUUCCUGGUCAAGAAGUAUUACUCAAACAAGAAGCCAUAUUACAGAGAAAACCAGCUGGAAAGCCAAACGGCUUUUGUCCCUGAAAGCUUUCCACUGGCUGAACUUCCAACACAGAACAACAGCUCAGCCCUGACCUGCUACUCUUCCAGCCCAUUUUCCAGCAGCACCGACACCCUUCCUGCAUCUCUGUCCCCGAUCACCCCAGUGUCCCUAUCCCCUUCUCUGCUGCACCCACUGGAUCUCAGCAGCUCCCCCUCCAGCAGCAGUGGCGAGGAAGAGGAGGACGGCGGGCGUACCUCAGAUCCCCCCAGCCCGGAUGUCAUCCAACACCUCUAUCACUGCAUGCACUGCAGCAACAGCUACACCAGCCUCUCUGCACUGUCCCACCAUCAGAUGUUACAGCACCCGCACUCCCUUUGUGCUCCGCUGCAGCAGACGCCUUCCCUGCCCAGUGAUGUCUCAACACGCCCGGCCUUCCACUGCAAACACUGCCCUAAGGAAUACACAAGCCUGGGAGCUCUGAAAAUGCACAUACGCUCACAUACUCUUCCUUGUGUGUGCCCUACCUGCGGCAAGGCCUUCUCCAGACCAUGGCUUCUCAGAGGACACAUUCGCACACACACUGGUGAGCGCCCUUUUGCAUGCCAACAUUGUAACCGGGCCUUCGCUGACCGCUCCAACCUGCGUGCUCACCUGCAGACCCAUUCAGAAGUGAAGAAGUACCAGUGUGGAUCCUGCUCACGGACAUUCAGCCGCAUGAGUCUGCUGCACAAACACACAACGUCUGGAUGCUGCCCAGCCUCGUAGACUGACAUUCCUUGAACUACUGCUGUGAGCCAGAUUAAGCCGCUCACUGGUUCGAAUCUCCUCCUCAUUAGAGCCAAAACACACCCAAAGGAACACUGGAUGGGACAGAAAACGAGCGUCCUGGCUGCAAAGACUUCUUAAGUGCCUUAAAAUUUCAAGACUGUACUUAUAUUCAUUUCUUGGUGUCCGCAGCACCUUUUUUCCUGCUGCAUCUUGUUAAGUGUGUAUUUGUUGUUUAGGGGCAGCUGGACAUGCAAAUAAUCCCCAGGAAACCCCAUCGGUGCCGGCCGGUCCGGGACUCUGGCCAUGUUGCAGCUGCUAGGGUGUGUGUAUAUGUGGGGAUGUCAUUCCUCACCAUACAAUACAUACAUGGCAUGCGUGUGUCAGUAUGAGCAAGUGUGUGUUGAGACAGCUGUCUGUGCAUGGUGUGCUGUGGAGGCAGGGUGCUGACUGACGUGUAAGCCAUGACCUCGGCAACAGGUGACCCUCCUCAUGCCACACUCAUUGUGCACUAAAGGACCACUUAAACUUGACCAAAAAACCUUUACUAAAAUCUUUUGUACAAGAUUUGUUUUCAGAAACAGCUUUUAUUAACCUUUUUUUUUGCUUCAAAUGGGAAACACUGUGUCUUUUUCUGCCAUGCCUAAAUAAAGUCUUGUUUUUUAAAA